AUGGGACAGAUAUUAUUACGACAGAGGAAAUCAUCGCCACAGUUAUCAGCCAAUCAGAUCAAUAAUUCCGAGAGAAUGAAACGGCAGAGACCAUCAAGUUGGUGUAAACUAGUUGUAUCAGCGUUGGUUCCAUGUAUAUUAGGGAUCUUUACAAUAGUUUUUACCUUGCAACAACAAGAACUGUCGAAACAACAGCAAGAGCAAGAACGUUGGCAUCAACUCGAUUCUCAACAACAAACAUCCUUUGAUACGUACAUUAAUGAUGUGUCCAACUAUCUCGCACAAAAGUCGACUAUGCGUGCAGCUAUCGACAAAACCUCUCUGCUAUACAUCCGAACAAAAACACUAACUGCUCUGCGAAUUCUCGAUGCUGAACGGAAAAAAUAUGUUCUCCUCUUUUUAUAUGAAAGUGGUCUUAUCCGUGAUUUUUAUCUUGACUUGCGUGGAGCUGAUUUGAGCAAUGUUCGCUUAAUUGGACCACACAGAUUGGACAAUCUUUACCUACCCGAUGUCUUCUUGUCGAAUGCAAUGUUUGUCGAUUGUCAUCUGACUAAUGCUACUUUCGAUCGAUCGACUAUGAACAACACACAAUUCAUUCGAUCGAAGUUAAAUUCGGCUUCCUUCGCUGAAGCUGUCUUGAACUAUACGAAUUUUAAAGGAAGCGAAAUCAUACAGGCGAACUUUACUGGAGCACAUCUCGUUGGUGCAAAUUUUCUCGAUGCAGAAGUCGUUCAAGGAAAUAUAUUUAUAAAUACUGAUCUAUUCGAAGCCCGUUUCACCAAAGCACAAUUUCAAGGACAACGAAUCACCACAGUACCACAUCGAUUCGAUCAUGCACGUUUGCCUAAUGGCACUUUUGGACCAAUUAAUGCGAAUAAAAGUCUCAUUCGGAAUGGCGACGCCGAAUGGAAUGUAUACGAACUUAUAUGUUUAACAGAGACACCGAGAGCUUGGAGAACGAUUUAUUCCAACACUACACUGUACACUCGUGAUGUACGAAAUAUUUCCAUUGUCAACAUGACAUUUGGCGAUUUCAGACGAGGAAAAUGCUCAUUUGCAAUCAAGCCAAGAGCUCGGUUUCUUCAAUAUAUCGAUCUACGUCUGUAUUCACUUCUCAUUGACAGUGGCCUGGCAGUAUUUACUGCGUCAGCUCUCAUGGGUUGUGAUAUUCCUGGCAAUCAUGCAUACCUAUCUGUACUUAUGCUCAGCUCCGAUGGAUUGGCACAAGGGAUCCGAUUAUAUUUAAGCUCACACGGAAUCAAACUAGACGAUAAAUUCGUCAUGCAACCAUAUCGAAUAACCGCAAACCGAAUGAUGAAAAACACACGUCAGGUUGCUAUUACUUUUGGUGUUGAAACAUUGCCUUCACCAGGUAGUUGGUGUUAUUUUGACAAUAUGACACUCGGCGUUCGACAAACAAUCUGA